CGUUGGGCAAUCAAAGUCCAGACGGCGACCUUUUCAAUCUGUCUGGCUUUAUAUAGAAGAGCUCGGAAUUUGCAUGAAACACAUGGCAUGAAACACAGCCUCUCUUUUUCAUACAGACCAUUUUGUAGUUGGCCUUUAUCACUCAGGUGACGCUUCUUUUAUACGUGUCCUUUUUGACUUGUGUAUUUGGACACAGUAGAAUUUUGAAAAUUUCUUCUGAGAAGCAAAAGUCCAAUAUCUUAUCGACAAGAGGCAGCUUUUCCAUCUGCCGACCAUAUUUGUCAAAUGUUUAUACUGUGCGUGAUUUAAUUGUUAUCUGUAUUUGGUUCAGUUGCUGCACAUACACGUAAACCGUCACAGUUCUCAGAGUUUUUCUCCCUUAUAUAUAGAAAUUCUGUGGAUUGUCUGUAUUUUCUCUUAAAUUCGACCUUGGAAUGUUUCAGAGCGUUCCUGCAUGCUAGGCAGUUGUUGCAGUCAUUCUGAAAGUCUACAACUUGCAUGAACAAUUAAGAAAGUGAAUAUAUCGGCGUUUGUGCAAUGGGUAAUUGUGUGUGCAGAGGUUCAGAGAGAAAUAGGGUUGAGAAGACAAGUGGUGAAGAGAUGUGUAGGAAUAGAACAAAGUUUAAAGCUACAAGGAAUUUGAGAGUUUUUCCCAGAGAUGAAAUAGUUAAGAAAUGCCAUGAAGGUAUCAUAGAGAGAAAUAUGAGUGAUUCAGAUAAAAUGGGUUUUUCUGACCAGAGAAGGCUCUGCCAGAAGGAGACUGUGGAGCGUGGUGCUAUCAAAAGGGUUGAAAAUAAAUCUGGUUGGCUCUUGAAUGGAGGAUCAGAUCUUUGCAUGUAUAUUGUCACCUGGAAUAUGAAUAGCAAGGUUGCUUGUCAUGACAUGCUGAAGCUUCUGGGAAGAAAAAGAGGCAGCUUUGAUUUUUAUGUGGUGGGGUUACAGGAAGCUCCCCAUGUAGACAUUGCAUCUUUCAUUCAGAAGGCCCUGGGUCGCAAUUACAGCAUGGUUAGGGCGGCCACCAUGCAAUCACUGCGACUCUACAUUUUUGGAAGAAAAUCUCUGGAUUCCUUAAUCAGAGAUGUGAGGGUGGAUAAAAUUAAAGGUGGGGGCUUAGGCGGCGUGGUUGGACGGCAGAAAGGAGCCGUUGCAAUUUCAUUUGACUUCAUUAAUACAUCUUUUAUCUUUAUAUCCUGCCAUCUUGCCCCUCAUCAGAGUAACGUAGAAGAACGUAAUUCUCAAUACCAACGUAUUAGCCAAACUAUCUUUUCAGACUCAACGAGCAGAAUGCAUUCACCAUGUUUGCAGAGUCCAAACCGGCUGACGGACCCACUUGGCCUAAAAAAAGAAAGCAAAGUCAUAUCUCCAACGUCUCUUGAAACUUCUGAUGUGGUGGUCUGGUUGGGUGAUCUCAACUACCGAAUCGAAGGAUCUAGAAACUCAGUCGGCUCUCUCAUCAACCAAAACUUCCAACAGCUGAGAGCAAAAGAUCAACUUUCUCGAGAAGCAGAAAAGGGCGAAAUUUUUCAUGGUUUCUGCGAAGGGCCACUGUCAUUUCGACCCACUUACAAAUAUGACAUCGGUACAGAUGACUAUGACACAAGCACAAAGAGGAGAGUCCCAUCUUGGACAGACAGAAUUCUGUACAAAAUAAAUUCAGGAGGCAAUGUGAAAGCCCACGUAGAGGAUUAUGACUCUAUCGACAGCAUAAAGGGAUCUGAUCACAGGCCUGUGAAAGCUCAUCUUUGUAUCAAAUUUAGGCGGCCACUUGUAAACCACCUGCAAACUACAACUUCCUGCUCAUGUAUGCAUUAAAUGGAGCAAAUUUUUCACAGACCAUAUUCACCAAUGGUUCGUUUGUAAUUUGUAAAUACCAAUUCAUGCAUCUCUUGAAAGAAGAGAGUUUGUCCGAGUUAAUUGAGGACUCGGACAUGUAAAUCUAAUCACGGAAUUGCUAAAUU